CUCUUAAACCUGUUCUUCUUUGUCCUUAGCUUCCGCCUGCCUAUUUUCACGCAUAAGUCUACCUAACAGAAACUGGAGACUUUUCCCCACCUUCCUUUCCCCACCUCACGUAAUGUAAACUUACCCUUACUUCCUGUCCCCAUACUAAUGUACUUCCCUCUUGGACUCUGAACUGAUUCCCAAAAAUUAAUUUUUAUGAGUGCUAAUCUUUAACCAGGGUAGAAGGCUCAGGAUAAAAGGCACGACAGGGCCGCACCGAGAGCCACUUGAAGAGCACUUCUCCCUGCACCGGGGGUGACCAUGACUUGCUGUGAAGGAUGGACCUCCUGCAAUGGGUUCAGCCUCCUGGUCCUGCUCCUGCUGGGGGUAGCCCUCAACGCAGUGCCUCUGGUUGUCAACAGAAUCGAUGAAGGCCAGUUUCAUCAUAACCCCAUCUCCUGCUUUGAGUGGUGGUUCCCAGGAAUUAUAGGAGCAGGUCUGAUGGUCGUUCCGGCAACCGUGGCGUCCUUGGCCGCAAGGAAGAGAGCCUGCUGCAACAACAGAGGCGGCAUGUUUCUCUCCUCAUUUCUGAACGCGCUCACGAUCCUGGGCGCCGUGUACUGCAUACUGGUUUCAGCGCAGGCGCUCGUGAAAGGCCCUCUCAUCUGUCAGUCUCCAGACAACAGUACGGCCAGCUGUGAAUUCUCACUGGACAAGUUAGGGAUGCAUCCAGAAUCCUUAGAUCUACAGUGGUUCACCAAUGGAUCCUGCGUACUUCCAAAUGAUCCAAACUCUCCCUCUGUGAACAAUGGGAGAAACGACACCGCGCCCUCCGGGUCUAAAGAAGAGAGAUACAAGACGAUCCACUUCUCCGUGUUUGUGGGUCUGCUGCUUGUGGGGGCGCUCGAGCUCCUGUUCGGGCUCAGUCAGAUAGUCAUCGGUUUCCUGGGCUGUCUGUGUGGGGUCUCCAAGCGACGGAGUCGGUUUGUGUAGUAAAUGGUAACAAAAUGAAAAGAUUAGCAGUUCGAAUCAACUGAGAAUUACGGGGACAUUUAAAAGACAUCCUUUUGGAAGUUAGGAGUUCAAUGAUGGAACAUUAUCUAGAAAGCUGUAGUUAAUCCUUUUAGUCCAAAAGGUUGUUUUUAAGUUACUGCUAAGGUGAUUAUUUAAAAAAUCAGCCGUUUACAUGUGAAAUAAAGCAUGUUGGUAAAUAUAACACAUAACGCUUUCAUGUGAAAAGGUGAAAAUCAUCAGUAGUUGACUUUGGGGAGCAAUGAAGACAAGCUCUGAAUUUGUUUUGUACCUUCUGUCCUGUUUGGAUCUCAUAACUCUAUAUUCUUCUGAGUGAAGAGGAAGGGAGGGAGGGGACAGAAAGUGGGUGGAGGAGGGA